AGAAAGAGCUUCCGGUGUCAUGUCAGCUUCCUGCAGGAGCCGCAUGUCUCAGCGCUGAGGAAACUUUUACUUUUAAAAGGAGGCGUUUGUUUCGGCGCCGAUGGCGGAAGCGGAGAAGAGCCGCGGCCUGAAGUUCGCGGAGCGGCAGCUCCGGCGCCACGGCUGGGAACACGGUAAAGGCCUGGGCCGGGCGGAGAACGGCAUCGUGGACGCCAUCAAGGUCAAAGUGAAGUGUGACAAAGGAGGGGUCGGCCAUAAGGAGGGGGAGCAGUUCACCUUCCACUGGUGGGACCACGUCUUCAACAAGGCCUCGUCCAGCCUGCAGGUGGAGUCGGACCAGGAUGGAAUCACGUUGAAGAAGACGGCUGACGAAGAUGAAGACGAGGGGAUGAUCUCCAACAAGAAGCCGCGGAAAGCCGCGCUGGCUAAAGCCAAGCUUUACGGCUGCUUCGUGAAGUCAUCGACGCUGCUGUCGGGUCAGGAGCAGCCGGAACCCAAGCCCGACUCCGGCGCCGACGACGCCAGCAGCAGCAGCAGCAGCAGCUCGGAUGAAGAGGAGGAGGACCGGAGACUGGACCUGUCCAGCACCACCCAGCUUUCUGAUGCCGAGCUGAUGAAGGUUUGCGGAGGACGAACGGCGCACAAGGGCGCCCGCCACGGCCUCACCAUGAGCGCCAAGCUGGCCCGGCUGGAGCAGCAGGACGCCGAGUUCAUGGCCAAGUACGGCGGGAAGAGCCGGCCGGCGGCCACUUCCCCGGCGGUGGCGGCGAGCUCGGGGGCGGAGCUAACGGAGGCCCCCGGCGGGAAAAGGAAAAAACAGAAGAGAUCCACCGAGAGUGCCGAGUUAGACGGCGGCGAUCGGCCGGAAAGUCCCGAAACGCAACCACAGAAGAAGAAGAAGAAAAAGAAGCAGAAAGCCGCCGAAUUUCGAACUUCACCUGCAGAAGAAACUCCAGAGGAGGCAGAGAACCCCGACGCCGAAGUCCAGAAGAAAAAGAAGAAGAAGAAGAAACGGCCUGAACCUGCCGAGGAGGAAUCCAGGAAGUCAUCUCAGACAACGCCAGAGGACGGGGAGGUUACCGCGGCAACAGAGAGGCGGAAAAGGAAGAAGUCUAAAAAGGACAAGGUGAUGAUGGACGAGGACGCUAGCGAGGAGGCUCCUCCUCCUCCAGAGAAGAAGAAGAAGAAGAAAAAGAAGUGCAAAGACUGAAAACAGAUUUAAGACCAAGCGGCUAAUGUGAAUGAACCAGGGGGCGGAGCUUAAACGAGCCCAUCGUAGGCGGAGCUUAAACCCGUCCACGCUGGUGUUUGUCCUGGAAGGUUUCAGUCCAAAGACACCACCAGAACCGACCUGAAGGCCUUUAAACUCAUCAGUUCUGUUAACGUGGACUGACCACCGGAGGCGGAGUCGACCUCCUGUGACCUUCAUGAGGGAACGUUGACCUUCGCGGCAGGAAUAAACUGUUUUACAGUCUGGGAAGUUGGAUUUCUGUGAGGAAUUUUUUUUUUACAACCUAAGGUGGCUUUUUGUACCGGUUCAUGAUGGGGGAGGAGCUCAGACAUGAGAUCCAGAAAUGACUUACCCUGCCUUUAAAGUUGUUUUAUGUGCCUUCCAGGCAGUUAAAAGGAAAUAUGAAUUUUUACAACCUGAUGGCUGUUUUUAAAAUAAAGAUAGAAACAUCAAAGUACUCAGAUUAAACACAAACACUUGUGAGACUGCUAACGAUUAAAUGUCCUAAAAUAAAA